AUGGGGGUCGCUGAUGAGACAAACAAGUCAAGCGAUGGCGUUGACAUUACCAACAUCAACACUGAUAGCACGGCCCCCGUCAAAAAAGGCCACAGGUUCUGGCUCACCAUCGUCGCCCUUGGAUUCGCCGGAUUGCUUACGGCCCUGGAAGCAACCAUCACAUCGACGGCGAUGCCAUCCAUCAUUGCCGAACUGGGUGGCGGAAAUGCCUACAUCUGGGCCAUCAACGGAUACCUCCUUGCCUUGACCUCUCUGCAACCUCUGUUCGGACAACUAGGCGAUGUUUUCGGUCGAAAGUGGCCCAUGGUAACUGCAACUGCUCUGUUCAUCCUCGGAAGUGGUCUCUGUGGCGGCGCGAACAACAUGGCCAUGAUGGUUGCCGGUCGAGUUAUACAAGGUGUGGGCGCAAGUGGCGUCAACGUCUUCAUCGAAGUCAUCAUAUGCGAUCUCCUGCCACUUCGCGAAAGGGGUAAAUACAUGGCCAUAAUAUUCGGGCUCGUCAGUCUCGGAACAGCCCUCGGUCCCUUCUUUGGCGGCUUGAUCGUCGACUCGACAACAUGGCGCUGGGUGUUCUACAUGAUUUUGCCGAUAGGAGCCGUUGCACUCGUCUUACUCACGGCCGUGUUGCCGUCAAACUUCAAUAGAGACACGACACUGGCUACCAAACUAAAGAAGAUUGACUGGACCGGGAAUGUCAUAUUCAUCGGAGCAGUGUCCUCGAUAUUCAUUGCGCUGGCAUGGGCUGGAGUCGUCUACUCCUGGAAAUCCUACCAGAUCCUGGUACCACUGUUGGUCGGUUUCGCAGGUCUAGCUGGCUUCUUGGUAUUCGAGGCUUCUCGUUUCGCCCAACAGCCCAUGAUGCCUCUCCGUCUGUUAUCCAACAGAACAUCGGCGGCAGUUUUUCUCAUCACAUUCUUUCAUGCCAUUAUUUCCAUGUGGACACUCUACUUUCUACCCGUCUACUUCCAGGGAGUUCUCGGUUCCUCCCCUCGCACCUCGGGGCUGCAACUUCUAGCCACUAUCCUGGUCAUGGUACCAGCUGCUGCUUCGGGUGGCGUGCUCCUCUCCAAGUUUGGCGCUUACAUCCCCAUCCACUACAUCUCUACUGCCAUUGCCAUCAUUGGCUUCGGCCUGUUCACCCUCCUCGACGAAAACUCGUCCGCCGGCGCUUGGAUAGGCUUCCAGAUCAUCGAAGCAAUCGGUAUGGGCGUCAUAAUCCCCACCCUCUUGCCCGCUAUCCUGGCUCCUCUCACUGAUGCCGACACGGGGCUCGCAACGGGCACCUGGUCCUUCUUCCGCAGCUUCGGCAUGACCUGGGGCACCGCCAUCCCGGCAGCCAUCUUCAACAAUCGGUUUGACGAGCUGGCAGGCAGCACCAUUGCUGACGCAGCUUUGAGGGCGCAGGUCACAGGUGGCCGGGCCUAUGAGCACGCCACGGCAGCAUUCUUGAAGACGCUGUCUGGUGAGAAUCGAUCGGACUUUAUCGCGACCCUCAACGAGAGUUUGAGGCGAACAUGGCAAGUUGGCCUGGGCUUUUCGGUAAUUGUCUUCUUGUUCGUCUUCAUGGAGAAGAAGGUGGCCCUCAGAAAUGAGCUCGACACUGAGUUUGGAUUCAAGGAGGGAAAGGCAGAUAUUGGAAGCACGUCAUCGGAAGAAGCGAAGGCUUAA